AUGGAGGCACCAGCUGCUGUAGAGGACAUUCCUGCGAACACAGGCGCAGAGCCUGUUGAGGACGCGCAUGAGGGAUUUCUGGGUGGUCCGAGCGACCCAUCCGUGUUGACCCUAUAUGCGGAUCACGUUGCUUGCAGCGAGCGUCCUGAAUUGAAGUUAUCCUCUCAUGGGAGGAAGGUCCACAGUUUAGGCAAGCCUGUCCCUGCCAUUGAGGGACUUGUUGCUGGUACAGGACUAAGUCCUCUGAUCGCGUGUUCGGUAGACACCGGCGAUCGGGGACUUUUGUCCGUGUUUAUGGAGUGGUGGUACCGGGAGACGUCUAGUUUCCAUCUCCCAGUGGGAGAGCUCACCAUCACAUUGGACAACGUCUCCUCUCUUCUCCAUCUUCCCGUUAUUGGCGACUUACACGCUUUUGAGCCCUUGCACAUGGACGAUGCGGUUCAGAUGUUGGUGGACUUGUUGAUGGCAGGUCAUUGGACAGCUGCGGCUCGCGCAUAUCUUCUUCACCUUCUGGGUUGCACUCUGUUUGCUAACAAGAGUGCAACCAAUGUCCAUGUUGUCUACUUGGAGGCCCUUCGUGACCUCAGUAUGACGGAGAGGUACGCUUGGGGAGUGGCUGAUUUGUGCUGGAUUUACGAGCACUUUUCGUCGGUCGCGGACUCCACUGCUGAUCAGGAGUACGACGAGGAUUCUCCGCGUGCGUGUAGGUGGAUUGCGACCAAGAAGACCGUGAAGAGAAUUCGUACGUCGGCGUACAGGGAGCGCCUGGACCGACUCCGGAUUCCAGAUGUCUGUUGGAUCCCUUAUGGGGAGCACCGAGAGGUCCGGGACUUCCACGUCAGAUCAUGCUAUUCCGGUCUCUUGUGCUGGGGGUCUGUUGUUGUUUAUUACCGACCGGAGAGGGUCGUGCGGCAGUUUGGCAACACGUAG